AUGUCGUCGGGCAUUGAAACAAAUGACUUGGAUGAUAGCCUCCCCGCUCCCUCGCCUUCUACGUCCGCUACUACGGAGCCAUCUGAUGCCGCGUCGGACACCGAGCAGGAGAGUGGGGCACACACAGUCAAACAGAGGAGAGAUCUGCUACAGGCUAAACUGAAUGGACACCGGCAUGACCGUCUCAAGAGGAAGCUGCCAGCUGAGACCCAGUGGCUUAAUGCACUAGAAGAGGACCAACGCGUACUGAGUGAGGACUCUCCUGACCCUCUUCCCUUCAGUUGUCAAACGGUCUCCUCUGACAUCUGGUUCUGA